CUAUUACUAUUACUACUGUCCCAUUUUUCUUCUCUUCACUUCUUUCAUUUGUAGUCUUCUUUGGCUUUGCCUCUUUGCCUUGGCUUAUUCCCACAGCUCUCAACCUUUAAUGGCAUAAAUUCAUCUCCUCAAAACUCCAUUCGCAUAUUAAACUCUUCAUUGUGAUCUGUUCUUUUCUAUAUUUUCUUUUUGACCAGUUUUUUCUACUGGCAAAUAAUAUUUAGUUUCUCUACUUCCAUCACUUUUCAACCUUUAACACUUCACAAUAUUAACCCAUCUGAAUAUUGUUGUUCCUUUGUUUUUUUAAUUGGUUUUAUGAGAUUUUCAAAAAUGGUUUUUGGUUAAAGAUUCAAAUAGUGGCUGAUUCUUGAAAAAUCCGCUUCUUUAGGUUUUGCUUGUUUGUGGAAAAACUUAAAUUUAUUUGAGUUUUACAUCACACUUUUGAGGUGCGGCCCUUCCCCGGACCUUGCGUGAAUGCGAGAUGUUUCGUGCACCGGCUGCCCUUUUAUUUUUCCGAUUUGAAUUUGGAGUUUUGAGGAUACACUUUCAUCAAAGAUAAAGUUAUUUAUCUUUACUGUUCAUAUUGAUGUAUGAUAUCCAGUGGGAUUCUCUUUCUCAGAACUGUUUUCAUGAGUUGAAGUAUAAUCCUUCUCAUAUAUUGGUCCUCUAAGAUUGUGUGGUUCUGUCUAAUCCGCUCUUUUCGUGUAUUUCAUAGGAUUUUUUAUUUUAUUUCUUGGAGUGCUACAUGCUAUUUUAAGGCCUCUGAGCUUUAGAUUUGUAAAAGAAGUCUUCAGGAGCAGAAUUUCCAGCUUUGAACAAUGGGCAGAGGAAGAGGAAAGGCAAAGAAGCAAUCUGUUCGUGACGAUAUUGGAAGUGGUGAAGAAGAGAAGAUACCAGUGCGGAGAAGGGGAAGACCACUGAAACCACUAAAGGAUGAAAUAGAGGAGGAAGAAGAAAAUGAGGGGAAAUUAGAAGAAGAUGAAGAUGACGGUGAGAAUACCAAAGGUUCUGUCUUAAUUAAAGAUGUCAAGAACCAAACUGCUGUGAAUAUUGGAAAAAAGAGGAAGAGAACUUCACAAGUCAAGGAAGCAGAUUCAGCGAAAGUGGAAAAUGGUGUUGUGACUAAAACUAACUCCAAUGACUUAAUAAAGUCGGUUGGAUUUAGACAAAAUGGGAGUAGAAGGAAAAACAAGCCUAGGCGAGCUGCUGAAGUUGGUGUAGAGUGCAGAUGAACGGUUCUGUUUGCUAUUGAGGACUAAUUCUAUGCUGAUUUACAUGUGCUUUUCUAUUUUGCCCCUUGUUAGCUUUUCUAGUUUUUUGAAAUUUAGCUAAAAUUUUCUGAAGAACUGAAUUUUUGUGUGGAUUUUUGCGGCAAAUUCUAAUAUUCUUCAAUGUGCUGCUGCUGCUAGCAAGUUCCCAUAUAUCAUGGUAAACUAAACCAUAUUUUGCCCAUGAACUCUAAUCUUUGUCACCUUUGAUUUUAUAUAUUUGAUAUGCUUCUUUGAUUUCAAA